UGUGAAUGAUAGAUGAAGAUCAUACCGAGCGAACUGCCAAGAUGACCUUCUGAUGAGGUUCACGCGCACAUCCUCGAUCCCUCUAGGUUGGUCUUGUACCAUAUAUAGGCUAUACGGUUGCUGCCUCUGGGGCCAAUAAAGCCCUAUCAUGGCAACAAACGGUAUGAACGCGUUCUCAAAGCACAGUACAUCGCUGGCCUACCUGCCUUCGAAUAGAGUUGCAUCAGAAUGAUAGAUAGCAAGAAAAUAGUUCAGUCGAAACAAUGCCGCACGGACGCUCGGGAACCACCACUGGCACUUGCGUAGACACCCACGAAUCGUCGAAACAAUCCCUAAAAGGUUCAGGCGCACAUAUGCAGGCGAAAACGAUCGCCACAUCUAUCGGACUGGCUACUCAAGCUUCAAGAUUUGAUAGCUCUUGCCACUGGCACCUCCCCUAGCAGGCAUAGAGAGGCGCUCUGCACGGAUCCUUCCGGGGAACAGGUCUCAAAGGGUGCAGCUUUCUCACAGGGACCCUGUCAAUCUGUCUUGCCCGUGAAUAUUUGAAUGCGCACUUGAUGUCAUACAGUUAUAGGAGAACCAGUUGGGGCCUCGACAAAUCUGUUGGCGUGCCGUUUG